AUGAUUGUUUUUGUAUUUCAGGUGCGUAUAGCAGCAAAAUUCAUAAUUCAUGCUCCUCCUGGGGAAUUCAAUGAGGUAUUCAAUGAUGUUCGGUUGCUGCUUAAUAAUGACAAUCUUCUCAGGGAAGGGGCAGCCCAUGCAUUUGCACAGUACAACUUGGACCAGUUUACUCCAGUAAAAAUUGACGGUUACGAUGAACAGGUUUUGAUAACAGAACAUGGUGAUUUGGGAAAUGGAAAAUUUUUGGAUCCCAAGAACAAGAUUUCUUUUAAAUUUGACCAUUUAAGAAAGGAGGCUACUGAUCCUAGACCCCAUGAAGUUGAAAAUGCCAUAGAAUCAUGGAGAAAUUCAGUUGAAACAGCAAUGAAAGCAUACGUGAAAGAGCACUAUCCAAAUGGUGUCUGCACAGUGUAUGGUAAAACAAUUGAUGGACAGCAAACCAUUAUUGCAUGCAUAGAGAGCCAUCAGUUCCAAGCAAAAAAUUUCUGGAAUGGCCGUUGGAGGUCAGAGUGGAAGUUUACAAUCACCCCUUCAACCACUCAAGUGGCUGGUAUCUUGAAAAUUCAGGUUCACUAUUAUGAAGAUGGUAAUGUUCAGCUGGUGAGCCAUAAAGACAUACAAGAUUCUCUAACAGUGUCGAAUGAAGCCCAGACAGCAAAGGAGUUUAUAAAAAUUGUAGAGGCUGCAGAAAAUGAGUAUCAGACUGCUAUCAGUGAGAACUAUCAGACGAUGUCGGACACUACUUUCAAGGCCUUACGUCGACAGUUGCCAGUGACCCGCACCAAGAUUGACUGGAACAAGAUCCUUAGCUAUAAGAUUGGAAAAGAGAUGCAGAAUGCUUAAAGUGAACGUUGCAUGACUGGAUCAUUUUAGUGUCCUUGUAUACAAAUAAAAAUUAUUACAAAAAGUAUUUGGAACUGUCAAAUCACCCAGUCAGCAUGGGCUUUUGCCAUUGAAAAAUCACUGUAAGUAGUUUGGUUAGAGCACAAAGCUUAGCUAAUUGACUUUUUUCCUUUUUCUGUCCUUUCAGAGGGUUGCAACUUCAGUAUAGCUGAAUACCUUCCUUUAGAGUUUCUGUUGUACCUUUAUUUUUUUAUAAUGAAGAGACCAUGCCUUUAGUUUUCAAUUACACAUUAAGAACAGUUUGAAAAAUAUUUUUGCAUAUGAUAACCCGUUCUCUUGCUUUCAUGUGAAAUGAACAACUUCUGAAAUUUGCUGGGUCUCUUGUGGAGAAGAAACUUGCAUUUCUAGGUCAAGGUCAACAUGGAGUUAGCCAUAGGUGCUGUUUUUGAAAUAAUCUAUCCUUUCAUUGUAUGUAAAAUUGGGAAAAACAUUUUCUGUAUCAUUUAAGCACAUUGGAAGACUUACUUAGCUAACUCCAUCCUAACUAAUUUUUUUUUAAAGACAAGGCCACUGUCUAAAGCUGUUUCAAGAUUUUGAAAUUAAAUAAAAGUACUUACUCCAAAAAUGCAUUUAAUGCUUUGUUCUGACAAUUACUUAAAUGAGCCCAAACUCCAUCUGCCCUCGAGGUUUUUUUAUCAUAAAGCUACAAAUGUAUUAUAACAAGGCAUAUUGUAAUAUAUAUAUAAUCCUGUACUCGUUACUAUGUCUGUUUAUUUUUUCUUGGAUUGAAAUGUACUAAAAUUCAAUGUGACAUUAAAACGCAAAUUUUCUAUUUA